AUGGCAGACUUUUCCCGUCUUUCCGUUGCACUGAGUGACGCCUCAAUAUACAAUGUCGGACUGUCGCUCGGCAUCGCUGUUCCCAUAUUCCUCAUUCUUCGCGUCUUGAUCGACUAUGCCAAAGUUCUCAGUCUUCGACGUCGGAUGCCGCCAGGUCCAUUUCCCCUGCCUCUCUUUGGCAACUACUUUUCCAUCCCCGGGGAACGACCCUGGCUCAAAUUUGAGGAAUGGUCUACAAAAACAUACAAAAGUCCCUUGAUCACGAUUUGGAAUGGCACUGCGCCGACUAUCUUGUGUAACGACGCAUGGAGCAUUUCGGAUUUGCUGGAUAAACGGGCCUCGAUUUACUCAUCGCGUCCGCGGUGUGUCUUAAUGGGCGAUUGCACAGGUGCGACAACAACGAACCAAAUCUUGCAGCCGUACGGGGAUCGAUGGCGGUUACAUCGACGUCUGACUCAUGCAAUUGUCGGACCACAAAAUGUCCGUACAUUCCGCCCUUCGCAGUCAGAUGAGGCCAAUAUCAUGCUCCGUGACAUGUUCGAAACACCAGACAAGAUGACAGAUGCCAUUGGGCGUUUUGCUUGUUCGCAAGCUUCAAUCAUCGGCUGGGGGCGCCGUAUAGACACAGUGCACGACCAGCUAGCUGCGCUAUCGAUUCCUGCGACUGAGGCAGCCAACUUCGCCAUCCCUGGAUUCUACAUCAUCGAGACUCUACCGUUUCUGACGCGGCUUCCCGCUUGGCUGUUCAAGAUGCCAACAGAGCUAGCGGCUGGUUCGAAACUGUUUGGAAAAUAUCUGUGGGCCUUGACAGAGGAAGGCGGAGAGGCAACUUUUGACAAGAACUUUGCGCGGUUGCUGUUACAAGAGAGAGAGAAGAGUGACCUUUCGUCGAAUGAAAUCGGCUCUUUGAUUGGGAACGUCGUUGGUGGAGGCUUGGCUACGAUGACAAGCACAACCCUAUCCUUCAUCCUUGCCAUGUGCGUCUUCCCGGACGUCCAGAAAAAGGCACAGGCAGAGAUUGACAGUAUUGUUGGUGAUGGUCACCGUCCGCCAAGCUGGGAAGACGAAUCUUCAAUGCCGUAUGUUGCUGCUGUCAUCUCCGAAGUCUUCCGCUGGCGACCAGUCACUGUUCUCGGUGGCAUGGCCCAUGCCCCUAUUCAAGACGACGUGUACAAAGGAUACUUUAUCCCAAAGGGAACUGCGAUUACGGGGAAUUCAUGGGCCAUCCACCGAAACUCGCGUGACUACCCUGACCCCGAAACUUUUCGUCCGGAAAGAUUCUAUGAUGGACUGGAGCGCCCAUUUCCGAUUAAAAAGGGCCAUUAUGCCUUUGGCUGGGGUCGUAGAGCAUGCAGUGGGCAGAAUUUGGCCGAACAGGCCUUGUGGAUUACUAUUGUCCGGCUGCUCUGGGCGUUUAAUAUUCAGCCGGGGCUUGACGAAAAGGGUGACGAAAUAAAACCCGAUGUUUUUGCAUAUACCAAUACGGAAAACUCUCGACCACAACCAUUCGAAGCUCGCUUUACGCCACGUUCUGCAAAACACAAGCAGACGCUCUUAAACGAAGCGGCCAAAUCCCGAGAUGCGUUGCAUAUCUUUGAUUGGGAAAGCAAAGCCAAGAUGCAGUAA